GUGUUUUUGUUUACUUAAACUUACAACAACCCUUUGUAAUUUGUACAUACAGCUCCCCCAGGAGAAACCUACACACACUUCCCUUCUUCCCUACUUGCCUUAUUUCUUUCCAUUAAUUAUUUUCUAAAAUAAUAAUUAAACUUCUCACUUCUCUGCUCUCUUUUUUCAACGAACCAUGGCGAAUCGAUGGUGGACCGAUCCGGUGGGUCUGACCGGAGUAGACAACUCCACCAACUCUCCCAUCAAGAAACCCGAUCUGGGUUUAUCUGCUCCCAUCAACAAGCACGAAGAACAAGAUGACAACAACAGCGACGACUACCCCAAGGAAGGAGCAAUCGAGCUCUCCGCCACGCGCCGCCCAAGGGGCCGUCCUCCUGGUUCCAAGAACAAGCCCAAGCCGCCGAUAUUCGUCACCAGAGACAGCCCUAACGCACUCAGAAGCCACGUCAUGGAGGUUGCUAACGGUGCUGACAUCACCGAUAGCUUGGUUCAGUUCGCAAGGAAGCGACAGAGAGGGGUCUGCGUUCUCAGCGCCACCGGGACAGUCGCCAACGUCACUCUCCGGCAGCCAACUGCUCCCGGCGCCGUCAUGGCACUCCAUGGGCGAUUUGAGAUCAUAUCUUUAACAGGCUCGUUUCUUCCCGGGCCGUCGCCGGCGGGGUCGACGGGGCUGACCGUGUACCUGGCUGGAGGGCAGGGGCAGGUGGUGGGCGGCGGGGUGGUGGGGCCUCUUGUGGCGUCGGGAUCAGUUAUGAUAAUGGCGGCAGGUGGUUCCGGCGGGGAUGGUUAUAUGGUUGGGCAGCUCAGCCAUGAAGGUUCUUGGGGUCAUUCGAGACCACCACCACCCCCCUAUUGA